AUGGGGAACGCUAAGAGUGGCGCCAUGUCCAAGGAGAUCCUGGACGACCUCAAGCUCCACACCAAGUUCUCCGAGACCGAGCUCUGCCAGUGGUACGACAACUUCCAGAAGCAGUGUCCCUCGGGCCGCAUCUCACCGGAGGAGUUUGAGAAGAUCUACGAGCGCUUCUUCCCAGAGAGCGACGCCAAGACCUACGCCCAGCAUGUUUUCCGCUCCUUCGACACCAACGAUGACGGCACGCUGGAUUUCAAGGAGUACAUCAUUGCACUGCACCUGACCUCAUCGGGGAAAAUGUCCCUCAAGCUGGAGUGGGCCUUCUCGCUCUUCGACGUCGACAAGAACGGCUAUAUCACCAAGUCAGAAGUGGCUGAGAUCUGCCAGGCCAUCUUCAAGCUGAUCCCCAAAGAAGAGCAGGCCCAGCUGCUGGAGGAUGAGAACACCCCGGAGAAGAGAGCGAACAAACUGUGGAGCUACUUCGAGAAGGGGGAGGAUGAAAAACUGGCGGAAGGAGAGUUCAUCAAAGGCGUGACGGAGAACGACGACGCUCUCCGUCUCAUCCAGUACGAGCCCGUUAAGAAAUGA